GAAUCUACUUUCAGCAAAUAUCGUCCAAAAUUUUCUUCCUUUAAAAUACACUGAUAUCAAAAAAGCCGCAACCCUCGAUGGAUGGCAUAGUCGGUAGAAACUGUGGGGCCGAGGAAUCCCACAACAAACCAGAAAACUAUGUGGAAGACUCUCAAACCACCAAGGGAAAAGAGAGUACGAAGCAGAUCAAAUACAGAGUUGAGUAUAGAAACAGGGUCACGAAUGAGGUGGUCUACCAACAUGAGACCAAUGGAUUGAAUGACAAUGGGUCGGCCUCAAAUGCUCACGGUCUCGAACAGCCUCUUUUCGAAUUGGUUUCGACUUUUACAACCGGUCAGACGAGCUCUUCCCAGUCAGAAGAACACAGCAAACCAAUCCUCCCCUCAACAACGCCCUCCGUUAGUAUGCACAUCUACUCCAGAGCCAUCAUUAAUGCCAUCCAAUCCGUCGUGGAAUACUACCCUGAACAAGAUCUCACUGGGGACGUCGUCAUAAUCAGGGCGCCGUAUGCAAUUCUUGUCCAUCACUACGAAGAGCUUUCCUCUUUCCGAGAUGAAAUAAAAUCCAAGCCCAAGGAAGACUUGUGCGCGCGCGAAAUAGACGCCUAUGAGCAUGUUGGGGUGCUCUUGGACUUUCUGGAUGGACAUAUCAUGGCUGAUGUAAGAGCAGAACAAGACCGAAACAGGAGGGGAUUAUGGACUUGGAGGAUGGCUUGGGUAUCUAGACGCCCAGGGGCCACUCAGCUGACUCGGGUUCGGGAAUCCGAAGAAAGUUUUUGCAUGGUCAUCAAAUCAAUUUCUGGAGGCAGUUUCGAAAAUCCAUCAGUUCCUUGGGUUAUGGAGUAUUGGAGACUAACUUACGACGGUGAAUACCUCGGAAGAGUGGAAAGGAAUUUGAUUCAACAUAAGUUCGACGGAGAAGAAGAACAGGAUACGAGCCAAAUAAUCGAUCUUGACAACAGGCCUCUCACACCAAAAGUUGCACAACAUAUUGCGAACGGCAAAAUCUACUGGGACCUUCUGAAAAAGCAAUGCAAACAUUACAGAGGAAAGACAGCGGAUAUUCCUCACAACGAGGUUGAUGGUCUCGUCAUGACAGACCUGAAAAGCUAUUAUACAGAUAUCGGAAAUCCGACGGCUUUAGUACCAAGUGGAACCGAUAUCAGAAAUUGGGCUUCAGAUUGCACAUGUCCUGUGUGCAGAAGACGGGAGUCUGAUUCUGAGAAAACUGUCACGUCGCUGUUCGAGGACUAUGAUCUGAUUGUUCCGGAAACCUUUGAAGGCAAUCUAACAGAUCACCAAUUCAUGUUACUCCCUUCCUAUAUGAGGGCGUUUGUCUUUAAGACAAGGUCAUGGGAACAGCUUCGAGUCAACAAUUUCUCUGCUCCUGAAUUUGACGAAGGCAUGAUAAACCAUCUAGUCAUGGACGAAAAGCGGGUGAAGCAACUCAAAGCUCUUGCUAAAAGCUAUGCAAGGACGAACCAAUUUGGACAGGUCACAGAUCGGGAGAUGUGGUCCGCUGACUUUGUUCGAGGAAAAGGGAAAGGGCUCACCUUUUUGCUUCAUGGUCAACCCGGUGUUGGCAAGACCUGCACUGCUGAAUGUAUAGCAGCCUUCACCCGUCGCCCACUAAUGGUUCUCACCUGUAGCGAUAUCGGAACGGAGCCCACACUGGUUGAAGCAAACCUCACGAGGCAUUUCAAAACUGCAAGAAGUUGGGGUGCGGUCUUGCUCAUAGAUGAAGCCGAUGUUUUCAUGGAGCGCCGUUCAUCUGAUGAUCUGAUGCGCAACAGCCUAGUUGCCGGCUUCUUGCGAGCCCUCGAAUUUUACGAUGGAAUUCUCUUCCUCACAACUAACAGAGUCGGCUCUUUUGAUGAUGCGUUCAUAUCGCGCAUCCAUGUCAAGCUCUAUUACCCUGAGUUCAAUGACAGAGAGCGGCAGCUAGUUUGGGAUACGUUUGUCCAGAAGUUGAUCAAGGAACGUAAAGGGUAUAUGCGGAUCACCAUUGACGCAAAACAAUACCUCAAAGGCAACGAAAUGCGGGCAGUCAAGUGGAACGGCAGAGAAAUCCGUAAUGCGUUUCAAACAGCAGUUGCGUUGGCCGAAUACGAGUCAAUCAAAGACGAGGAAGGUAACAUCGAGCUGACAGACGAGCACUUACGGGCUGUAGUGGAGAUGUCGCGAGACUUCAAGGACUACAUUGAUGAGCUCCAUAAGGGUGAUGAGGCAAAGAGAGCAGAGCGCAAAUACGAGCGGCUGGAUAGCUACCCGACCCAUUGAGUUCUGUCAAAAGGGCAUCCUGAAAGCUAUCGAAGGCAGCAAUGGUUUCUUUUGUAAUCAUUACUCAUGUUUAUCGGUACGGUAAAUUUGGAAUUGAUACGGCCUGACCUUCGUCAUCUCUUGCUUUACCUUGUGAAAAAGUGAACCCGCUGCCAAUUGAUCUUCGCCAGCAGCGCUCAUUGCCUAACCAUUCAACCAACAUCUGUCUUCUCUACUUCGUUGCCCACAACAAAAAUUCACCCACACAUUGACACACGACAUGGAUAUCGAUCCGAGGGAUGUUGGCCACCUCCACCACCCGAAACCUGAUAAGCCCUCUCUCCCAUUGCAGUUUUGAUCCCUCUGUGUCCGCCACUGUGCAUCCUGU